AUGGAUCCAAUAUCCAUACUCGGAACGGCAAUAGCUGUAGCCCAGCUCAGCACAUCGCUUUUCAAAGCAACAGACGCAGUGCGCAAAGCGCGAAAGAGCAGGCAGGAGCUUGCAACCGAAAUGUCGUCCCUCUCCUCAAUAUUGACCAUGAUCCACCGGGUCGUAGAGGGGCAGGAGGCUUUGUACAGUAAAGAUGCAUUCGACGAGCUGGAUGAGGAGACCAGAAGAAUUCAAGAGAUAGUUGAUGAAGUGAAGGAGAAACUGCUAAAGAAGAGGAACAGAAUCCUUCUUGCGUUCAAGCUCGAUGCACUGAAGCCUGUCUUGGACAAAGUCAACGCUUCCAAGCUGAACUUGAAUCUCAUUCUGAGCGUCAUGCAGAUCGCUACACGAGAACUCAGCUCUCGCUCAAAUGUGUACUCAACGAGAGAGGAGGCCCACGUCAACCCUCAUCGCCCCGUCGCCGAAAGCUUGAUCGACAGCAACCGUCAAUUCAUCGCACAGCUUUGUUACGAAGCUAAAGACGAAUGGAUGGUGAACUAUGGUAGCGGUACAGUGCAACACUAUACGAAAGGGCCGAUGGCACUUGCUCAGAGACAAUUCACCCUCGUUUUCGGACCCGCCAUGGCUCAAAUGCGCCCACCGGACAGUUAUGAACCAGACAGCAAAAGGAACGCUGAAGAACAGGAGCCGGUCUUCGGUAAGCGGGAGAAAAACAACGAGUGUGCGGGGCAAAACCGAGAGCGUGGAGACCAAGAAGAUGAUGGCGGAAAGACCGGUGAUGCAAGCGGAGAUCGAGGUGGGCGUGACGAUGACGCCAAUGAAGGCGAGGGCGACUGCCAAGGCGAAGCGAAAGAGUCCGUGAAGUUGUCACCUGCAGCAGAUGCUGCUACAACUGAGACGUCCGAUCCUUGCAGGAAAGAUGGUGCUGGAAACGCCGUUGUCGAUGCCAACAACUCAGAGACUGGCGACGCUGACCGACCUUUCACACCAGUACCACCACCAGAAGUGCCUCUGACGAGAGAUCCUGAUGAAAGUGACUCUGAGGUAGAGGAAUACACGGACUGCAUGACGCUGUUUCAAGGGAAUAGGGGACGCUUCAUGCCACCAAUAAGCUCCUCGACAGCUUUGGAUUGGUUGUUGAAGAGGCUUACAACACUAUCUCCCGAGCAAGUCAUUGCAAUGUCCAGGAACAAGUUUUCCUCAAAUGAAGAAUACGGUUCACACAAAUCUGCACAAGAGAACCCUACGCCUCAGAACAAGCAGUCAGCAGAGUCGACCGCCAAUGGAACAGACUCCAGCAUUGGGUCUGAUGUGUGGUCCGAGCUGUCUGAAAGCACCUUGGGGGGAACCUCAGCUCCCAGUCUACAACGACAAGGGUCCGGUAAUCGCACGACGGACCGCGAAUACCGAAGACAAGAUUCGGGACGGCGAAGAAACUCUGAGAGCAGAUCGGAUGAUUAUCCUGGCUAUCCAUCAAGAGCAGAACGUGAGAAAAAAAGGGAUGCACCAAGGACCAACCACAGACAGCAGUAUUUCAACAACAACGGCGCAUGGAAUCCCCGUGGAAACAGCUACGAUUCAUACUCCAACCCGUUUCAUAGUAACUACACCAACGACAGCUGGGCAAAUCCACAACCGCAAUAUGAAGAGCCGCCGUAUCCUGGAUCCUAUGCAGAGCCGCCGUACAAGAUGCCUCAUGGAUUGCCCUGGAAUCGGCGGUAUAUGCUUCAUCCGCCGCCUUCGCAACCAUCGCUACCACCCCAAAGACGCUUCACAAGAUCUUUGAGUCCGCAAAGGCGCUAUAGAAUACCAACGUCAGCGCAGCCGCCGGCUCCGGUUCCAGCUCCAGCUCCAGUUCCAGCUCCAGCACCACCUCCGCCUGGACCGACCGAGGCGGAAAGGGAGAUGGCAGAGCGUCUGAGAGAGAUGGAGAGACGCAUGGCUGACAUGAUGGAAGCCGAUGCCCGACAGAAAGCCGAAGAGAAGGAGGCAUCGGUUAAGCUGGAAGCGGAAGAGAGAAGAAAGAGGGAGGAGCGGAUAGAGGAGACACUGUGGGAGCUCAAUUCCCGCAAGAAGGAAGAGGAGGCGCAGAGAAGCCAGGAGGAGUUGAUCGCUGCCUUGAAGCUGCAAAUUGAAAGAGAAAAGGGGGAAGCGGUGACGGAACGACAAAGACAGUUGAAGCUUGAGGAGGAACGCAAAGAUGAAUUCGAGUGCAGAUUGUCUGCACUGGUCGCUCAAGCUACAGAUGCCUUGCAGCUGGAGAUUUCGGGGCUUAAAGCUGCGGCACAACGGGCUGAGAGCAGCGCUCGGGCGGCUAUGAGAUCGAAGAAGCUUGCAGAAGCGGAAGCAGCUCAAAAGGCACGAAGAAAAGCCGAGCAACAGAAUUUACGCCAGAUGGAGGAUUACCGGCAGAUGCUUGACGACUAUCGACAACGCUUGCAGGCAGCUGAGCAAGCAGAAGCUACGGCUCACACCGAGCGCGAAGGAAAGCCAUUUACUCCAACGCGUCAAUUACGCAUGCAGGACGGUGACCGAAAGCUGGAAUUAAUCGAAAGCCAAAACGGAUUCAAAGAGCCGUUUGCUACUACGGACUUUCUGACUUCGACAUUCUUCCAGCGUAGCGGGAACUCAACCAAGCCUCAGCCGCCAGCCCCGCGCUUUAGGGCCCCGAGGACGUCUCGCAACAUACGAACGAUGUCAUCGGAAGAGAGCGAGGAAGACAGAUAUGAAGCUGGAGUGUCUAGUCUUUCUAGCCAAGCCAUGGUGGUCCUCCCCCCAUUACAGACAACGUCGGAGUCUCAGCUCCGUGAGAUUCGCACAUCGAUUAGAGAGUGUGGCCUCUCUGCUUCAAUGAGCCUCUUGCCACGCAGGGGAAGCAGAGGUCCUUCACAGGAGAAGGAUGCAGAUUGCUCCGAAUACCUGGUGAUCGGAGGCGAUUGGAUAGAUGAGGAUGCCCUUGAACGUUUCGGACUACACCAUCGGUCUUGUCAGGGGCAUAUUUUCUUAGGUCCUGAAGUCUCAACUAACGACUUGGACGCAUUGAUUGCUCUUACGAUGCAAAACCGGGACAUUGCAUUGCAUAAAGCUUGCCGUGCCCCUGAAAACGUGCCCGACCAACCCAGUUGUUCAUCCUCGGGUGAUGAAAAUCAGCAGGACGAGAAUGACGACUCUCCGUUCGAGGAUUUUGAGGUUCAGAGCUGGGCUGGCUACUCUUCCAUGCCGGAACCCAAGUCUUCGUUUGAGGACACGGAUCCCGUCUCCAGAGCAGACAACACGUCAAGGAACUCAAGCCACUCGAUGCACUUUAAAGCCACCGAAUCGUCUCGCCGCCAUGCGCGAACAGGCCCAACCGAGUUCCUAGCUGUCGCCCCAGAUCAAGGAAUUCUGGUGCCUCUACUGCUCAUGAGGGAAGCUCGGCACUCAAGGUACCACCCCGUCACCGGCGAUCCAAGUCCGGGGAGCAAAGCCCAAAAGAACAUGUAG